CACACACACGGAUGAAAAGUGAGACUGUGCAGGUCUUAUCAGCAGUUUCACCACCGUCACACACACACACGCACACACUCAGCUCUCAGUCAGUGAUGGUUCAGUCUCAUCUUCACUCAAACAUUUCCAGCUUCGCUUCAAACAGCUGUGACAGCGGCGCGCGCUGACGGUUGGACACAACACAACGUGCCGAGGACAGGACACACACUGUGGGUGGACCACGCGCGCUGUGAGGAGACGUCCUCUCUUUUCUUGGACUUGUUGUCGCUGCUUUUUAAACGGACUUCACUUCACACGGUUCUCGGGCUAAAGUUAAUGAAACUACGGCGCUUUUGAGCUGCACCUCAGUAAAGUUGAUGUGAUCAUCAGCCGACAGGUUUCCUUAUCCGUACGUGGGUAGCAGCCCAUGGACCUACGUGUGACCCAGAGGCUGUUACAUCCAGGUCCAGAUUCUGUGAUGCUGGCCCCCCGCCCUCCCUUCUUCCUGGGACCCCUCACCACUCAGCACUGUUCACAGAUUUCCCAGCAGUGUUUGGAGUAUAACACUGACCAAAGGCAAAGAGAGAUGGAGGACGACAGAAGAGAGGAGCUACAACAGCUGAUUCGAAAGAAUAAAAAAGAACCGAGUGCUAUAGCCAGUCCGCUCGUAAGGCAGAAACUCCGUGAACAUAUAAUUAUGAAGAACCAGCCGAGCCAUGACCGGGUCACUCCCAACCACACCAGUCCGACAUCAGGAUACAGGCUCUCCCCAAAGCCUCAGCCUCCAUACAGUGACCAGCGUAAGGACCUCGCCCUGCGUAGAACAGUCUCUGAACCCACUCUGAAGUGGAAGUUAAAGAAGCUCAUUAACACGAGGCCGAACCCGCUGCAGCGAAAGAUCAGUGCCCCUCCUGCUGUCAAGCACAGGACAGAAACUCUGGACUCGUCCGCCAGCAGCAACAGCAAUCCAGCGUCAGGCUGUAGCUCACCCAACGACAGCCUGCAUUCAGAUAAUGGGGCCAUUCCACUUUCUCAUGAGGCUCAUCGAUUGCUGCUGAAGGAUGGUAGACUGGCCCAUUUCACUUUUCCACCUAAUCCCACUGCCAUGUCCAACAUCACUGCUGGAAAUCCUGCACAUGCUGACCUGCGAUUAGCCAAGCCCUUGGCCCUGUCUGCUCUGCAUCAGGUCUACUUGCCUAUGGAAGGAAGCGGUUCAGCCUUGGCCCAGCACCUGCAGCCUGUUCUCAUUCUGGAACCACAUUCUAGACUGGUGCACCAUCAGCUAGUCUCCUUUCAUGGUUUGAGCUCCAUUCCUCUGCAGCAGCAGCCUCACCCACCGUCCCCCUCCAAAAGGGACGCCAGAGGAGGCAUAGUUAACUUACCGUCACACAGACCUGUGGCGAGAACGCGCUCGGAGCCGCCGCCCUACAGCCACUCGCCCUUUGCCCUGCAGGCCGCCCAGCACUCACACACUCAGCACCAGCUGCUGCAACAGUAUCACAAGAGCGGGCUGGAGAGGUUCAGGCAGAGUGUACUUCUGAGUAAGCCCAUGAGCCAAACCAGUGAGAAGCCUCGUCUCAGUCAGAUUCCAUCAGAGGACAUGGACCUGGAGGAGACAGGAUCCGGGACAGGUUCCCGGACAGGUUCCGUGUGCAGCUCGGAGCAAGAAUCGGUGUGUGACGAUGGCUACCACAGGAGACGCAGCACGGCGAGCACAGACUCGGUUUGUGGCACAGAGUCCACGACCUCCUCACGGGAGAGUUUGAUCGAGCCCACACAUCCCCUCAGUCAGAGGCAGGUGAUACUUGGUCCAGGUCUUCAGAUGGACUCCCUGAGUGCACCUGCCCUAAUCUGGCCUCAUCAGCCUUUGAUUCGAACCCGGUCCUCACCAGCCUCCACCUCUCUGCCUCCUCCACAUCCACCCGCCACCACCAUACCUUCAGUGUCACUGUCCAGCCCUGCUGCAGAUGUCCAGCUACGCUUUACCACAGGUCUGGUUUAUGACUCUCAGAUGCAGAAGCAUCAGUGCAUCUGUGGGGACAACAGCCGUCACCCUGAGCAUGCUGGGAGGAUCCAGAGCAUCUGGUCCAGACUGCAAGAAAGGGGCCUCAGGAACCAGUGUGAGACGAUCCGCAGCAGGAAGGCCACGGUGGAAGAGCUACAGUCCGUCCACUCGGAGGAACAUGUGCAUCUUUUCGGCACCAACCCGCUCACCCGCCUCAAGCUGGACAACCACAAGCUGGCUGGAAUUUUAUCCCAACCGAUAUUUUUGGUGUUGCCAUGUGGAGGAGUUGGAGUAGACGUUGAUACAGUCUGGAACGAGCUUCACACAUCAUCGGCUUCACGCAUCGCAGCGGGAUGUGUCACGGACCUGGCGCUAAAAGUAGCGCAGCGAGAGCUGAAGAAUGGCUUCGCAGUGGUGAGACCUCCCGGACACCAUGCAACCCAGUCCUCCCCUCAGGGCUUCUGUUUCUUCAACUCUGUAGCCAUCGCUGCCAAGCAGCUCCAAAACAAACUCCACGUCAGCAAGAUCCUCAUCGUGGACUGGGAUGUUCACCAUGGCAACGGCACCCAGGAAGCGUUCUAUAACAACCCCAGCGUGCUGUACAUCUCUCUACAUCGCUUCGACGACGGCAACUUCUUUCCUGGUAGUGGACAUCCCAAUGAGGUGGGUGCAGAGGAAGGUAAAGGCUUCAAUGUGAAUGUAGGAUGGACAGGAGGAUUAAACCCUCCCAUGGGAGAUGCUGAGUACCUGGCUGCAUUCAGAGCCGUGGUGAUGCCCAUCGCCCACGAGUUUUCCCCCGACGUGGUGCUGGUGUCUGCCGGCUUUGAUGCCGUCGAAGGACAUUCGCCAUCACUGGGAGGCUAUAAAGUCACAGCCAAGUGUUUCGGCUUCCUCACCCGUCAGCUCAUGUCAUUGGCUGGAGGUCGAGUGGUGCUGGCUCUGGAGGGGGGACACGACCUCAAAGCCAUCUGUGACGCCUCUGAAGCCUGUGUCAGUGCCUUAUUGGGCAUGGAGGUGGAGCCACUGUCCCAGUCCACCUUGGACCAGACGCCGUGUGAAAACGCUGUGCAAUCACUGCAGAGAGUCAUCCAGGUUCAAGGUGAAUACUGGCAGAGUGUGAAGGAUUCGGCCGACACUGUGGGCCUGUCCUACCUGCAGGCCCAGAGACGACGGCUGAGACGAGACUCGGACAGCGAGGCUGUCAGCGCCAUCGCCUCGCUGUCCAUGGGAGCCCUCGUGUCUGACAGGAAACAGCCCGAAAAACUGACAAAGAAAAGUGAUUGUCUCUGAGAAGAAGCCUCAUGACUGCUGCCUUCAACCAAGUCUCAACGUACACACACACAGACACACACACACACACACACACAGUGAUAUGCAUUGGACCAUCAGUGGAACCAGAUGUCCUCCUCAGUUCAACCACUGUAUCCACCGCCUCACAAAGACUCCUCCACCUGCUUUUACUACUGGCUGCAAAAGUCUGACAACUCUGAUUCAGAAACACACACACGCUGAGGAACAGAGCGACUCCUGGACAACGUUCAUAUUCUCCUCAAGUCUCCACAAAGGCUCUGCCUGAGGGAGACGUUGCACACUGAACUAAGAGAACCUUGAAAAAGGAAGACGUCCAGACAGAGGCAGAUUAAUGAAGGAUGUUUAAUCGUGUAGCAUUUGGAGCUGGCAGCGACAACACACACACAGCUCUGUGACUUUGAGCGUUCACCUCGUUAACAAUUCCCAAAAAAAAAGACCUCUACACACUGUUGUAACCUUCACGCCGUGCUUAAAGGUCACCUGGACUUUCAGUCACCCAGAGCGGGAAGAGUUUUCUCUGCAGGACUCGAUUGUGAGAAGAAGAAGAAGAAUCUCGAUUUAAAGCUGUGGUGCGUAACUUUUAUAUACCAACAAAAAAAUCACUUAAAGCUGAUGAAGCUUUGUUUCUCAGUGUAGUGGCGAUUAGAUCUUGUGUCACCCGACGACAUUCCCAGGAAGUGAUUUGAUUUAUGUGAAGACAGACGGAGGCGACAGCGAGAAUAUGACCGCACACUGUUUAUAAAGAUGGGACGUAGGCUUCCCGUUUGAAAAUUGACGUCCACAGACGCGUCUCGUCCCCACCCGUCCCUGCAGCACCGCUGUAUGCACACAAAUGCUCCCACAAGCAGGUCUGAUAGUAUUGCUUGACAGGUUGACAGAGAGAGAGCCUGUUUCCAGAUGAAGGACGCGGCACACACAUCAUGUGAUAUCACUCCGGUCACGAAGACCAAACAAAAGCAGAAUCAUAACGUCGACAGCAAAGUUACACACUGCAGCUUUAAAAGUGCGUCCCACUGUGACGACGUCACUCGUCCACAUCUGACCACCGAGGAGCGAAAUGAAGGAGAAGCGUUUGCACUGCACUGUUGUGCGAUGUGAACUGGACACGAGAACGGAGACGAUUGACAGCAGUCCGACGUCUCAUUUUCACUCAUAUUUUCAUCUCAUUUGAACAUUCACUCAUUUGACCUAUGGCACACAUUUUUUUGAAUGUCAGCAUGGCUUUUUAUUCUCCUCCUCCUUCUUCUUCUUCUUCUUCUUCUUUUCCACGAAAUCCAGUAAUCCAGAGUGAAGCUACAGCGAAGUCUGAGUUACAUAUGUUUCAUAUUGUUUUAUAUGUUCGCAUAUUUUCUUAACUCUUUUUUUGUUUUGUUUUGUUUCUGUUUUCUUUUAUUUCCCAGUCUGUCAGGCGAGCACAUGCAGUGAGACCUUAGGUCCCUGCAGUUGUUUGUUGUUAUUGUUGUUGUUGUUGUUGUUGCUGCUGCUCCCGGGCAGACGGACAUGAGAAGACGUGUCACAAGUGCAUCUCACAUACAAACGUAUAGACAUACUGUAGUUUGUGUUUGCGCUGCGUUCACUGGAAUAUCAGGGUCAGGGGGAGAAACUUCAUGUCUGCGGAGAGAUUAGUCACACGUCAGCAGAGACGACGCUUCAGUGCAGAGCGCUCACACGUCGUCUCUGUCUGGAGUCUGACAUCUUGAAAUGUGACACAUCCAAAACCACAUUUUCUUUUAUGACAAUCACACAAAGUGCACUUACAGUACGUUGCCCUCAGGACGGGGAGGGUCUUGGGUCUUCGCCGCUGAGGACCAGUGUUUCUACCUGUGGAUGAGCAUUCCUGCUGUAUCUUCUCCAUUCCUUUUAUACAUUUAUUAUUUUUUCCAACAAGGAUAAAGUGACCAGCCCACCCCCCCCCUCAUUUUUUUUAAAUUUUUUAUUAUAGUGGCAUCGCUCUGUUUAUCGUCAGCGUUGUUUUAGCUUCCUACGACCAAACAUGUUGAUAGUUGAAUAACCCCACUGUGCAAUUGGACACAGGUUAGGCACGACCAAAGCUUAUGAGAACAAUGUGCCGUCGUUCAAGGACUGGCAUGGCUUAAAGAACUUCAAAGCCUUUUGAAGAGUUUGUGAAUGUUUCCUUUUUUUAUCCAAACAGUUGAACAGGAUGAAUUUAUAUAAACAAAUUCAUUUCUUAGGAUGAAAAACCUACUCAGCUUUUAUUUACACAUUCAUAUUCCGUCUUUGAAGUGAUCUUUGCGUGUCUAACACAAUUGUGAUGGUGCUAUAGUUUUUUUUUUUUUCAAGUACAAUGUGGUUUUUUUUAUGAUUUAUUUCCUUAUGUUGCGAUGUGUGUGUGUGUGUGUGUGUUACUGUCAAAUAUUUGUUCAUCUAAUGAAAAUGUGACAACGUAUCGCAAGAAGACAGAAAAAUCGGUUUCAUCUACGCGCCGCGUCGAGCGGAGCGGUCCCACAGAGGAGACGGAGACCUGAUGUAGCUCAUGUCUUAUGUGUCGUCUUAAAUAAAUUAUUUUUGUAUCUGAUCUUAAAAAAAAAAAAUCACUUCCCCCUCAUACUUUAAGACCAAAGUAUCCGCGUGUGCCUUGUGUCAAUGCUGACUUACCUGAGUGAAGGUAGCCCUGACCAGUUUUAUCAAAACUGACUGUCUGAUUGUUUUCUGUACAGUGUACAUAAUGAUUUAUUGUGUUUGUUUGUCUCUCUUUUGUCUUUUCUACUAUUUUUUUUGUUUCCAAAAAACUCCUCAAUAAAGGUAAAUUAUAUAGA